CUUCUCAGUAAAGAAGGGGUGAGCUGGAGUGAACAGGGCGGAUUUUAAUACAGCACUAGGACUAUAUCAGCUGCUCUUGCACCAGUUUCGAUUCAGCUGUCUGUCUCAUCCAACAGUUAAGAUGGUUGAUGCAUUUUGUGCUACCUGGAAGUUGAUUGACAGCCAGAACUUUGAUGAGUAUAUGAAGGGACUAGGUGUUGGCUUUGCUACUCGCCAAGUGGGAAAUGUUACCAAACCAACUGUGAUCAUCUGCCAGGAGGGAGACAAAGUGGUGAUCAAGACUCAAAGCACCUUCAAGAACACAGAAAUCAGCUUCAAACUGGGAGAGGAAUUUGAUGAAACUACUGCAGAUGAUAGGAACUGCAAAUCAGUGGUGACCAUGGAUGGAGAUAAAUUAGUUCACGUACAGAAAUGGGAUGGCAAAGAAACAAACUUUGUUAGAGAAAUUAAAGAUGGUAAAAUGGUCAUGACCCUCACUUUUGGUGAUAUUGUUGCUGUUCGCCAGUAUGAAAAAGCAUAGAAUUUGUCAGUCUCUUGUCUAAGUUUUUUUAAUACUUCUGGAUGAAAUGAAGAACUGACCUCAGUUGACCAUCUCCAAAAUGAACAUUGCUGAAAAUGAAGAUAAACCAAGUGCUGUUUUUUUAAACAGUAUGCCAUCAAAUUGGCAAACUCUCGCUCUGUAAAUUGCCACAAAUAAAACUUUGCAAUAAAACU